GAGCGCGCCUGGCAGGCAGGCAGGGAGGCAGCAGAGCUCCGCCGCAGCUGGCGCGCCCCCGUGGCGGUGUCUCGUCGGGCGGCAGGGAGCGCGCCGCGGGCUCGGGCCGGGCACCAGCGUCUGGGCGAGAGCCGCGCAGCCCCGUCGCCAUCCGCGGAGCCAGGCCGCCGCAGCGGGGUCCCGCCCAGCCCGGCGCCCGCAGAAAAUACUGGAAGGAAUAGAAGCCUCCAUAUGUGAACAGGACUUGGACCAUUUCUCUGGAAAAAAUGAGCCGUCAGACUGCUACAGCACUACCUACAGGUACUUCAAAGUGUACGCCAUCACAGAGGGUGCCUGCACUGACUGGCACUACAGCUUCCAAUAAUGACUUGGCUAGUCUCUUUGAGUGUCCUGUUUGUUUUGACUAUGUGCUGCCACCAAUUCUUCAGUGUCAGAGUGGCCAUCUUGUUUGUAGCAACUGUCGCCCCAAACUUACGUGCUGUCCAACUUGCCGAGGCCCGCUGGGCUCCAUUCGUAACCUGGCUAUGGAGAAAGUUGCCAAUUCUGUACUAUUCCCAUGUAAAUAUGCCUCUUCCGGAUGUGAGAUAACUUUGCCACACACAGAAAAAGCAGACCAUGAGGAGCUGUGUGAGUUUAGGCCUUAUUCCUGUCCAUGUCCUGGUGCUUCAUGUAAAUGGCAAGGUUCUCUGGAUGCUGUAAUGCCACAUCUGAUGCAUCAACAUAAGUCAAUUACUACACUUCAGGGAGAAGAUAUAGUGUUCCUUGCUACAGACAUUAAUCUUCCUGGUGCUGUUGACUGGGUUAUGAUGCAGUCUUGUUUUGGCUUUCAUUUCAUGUUAGUAUUGGAGAAACAGGAAAAAUAUGAUGGUCACCAGCAGUUCUUUGCGAUUGUACAGCUGAUAGGAACACGCAAGCAAGCAGAAAACUUUGCUUAUCGACUUGAGUUAAAUGGUCAUAGGCGGCGAUUGACUUGGGAAGCAACUCCUCGAUCUAUCCAUGAGGGAAUUGCAACAGCCAUUAUGAAUAGUGACUGUCUAGUCUUUGACACCAGCAUUGCACAGCUCUUUGCAGAAAAUGGCAAUUUAGGCAUCAAUGUAACUAUAUCAAUGUGUUGAAAUGGCAAUCAAACCUUUUCAGGCCAGUGUUGAAAACAGUCGCAUUUAACUUAGCAGAAACUAGGGUAACCAUCGUUGACUGUCAGACAAAUUAUUUGGUAGAUGGAGGAUAGACAUAUAUGAAGGUAAAUAAAAGGAAAGGCUGUUAAAUUACAGGAAGCAGUUGCAUGUAGUAACACUAAUAUAUUUAAAAUAAGUCAACAGUAAACCACUGAAAAUAUAUAUACACCCAAAAUGGGCAUCUUUUGUAUUAAGAAUUGAUUCUACAGGAAAUGUUGUAAAAUAAUUCUAAAAACUUGUUUGUAGAUUGAUUGUACUGUUGAAAAGGAUACUGUUUCGUGUUUUUGUUUGUGUUCUUUUCCUCCCCCUUUGACUGACAAGCCAUGUUGAGCGGUUUGGUCUUUGGCCGCUGCGUCCCACUCCCCUCCUCCCCCCCUCCUUUGUAAGUCACUACAUAGUAUUGCUGCUGUUUGUGUAUAUUUUUUGUGUAUUUGCUAAUUUUUAUUAACUUCUAGUUUUUCAUUAAAUAAAUAUGACUUUCUUUUCUGUAA